CUGUACACAAACCAAAUCUCUUAAUGAGCUUUACACCCAUUCACCUCUCUCCUAUAAGUAUCUUCAUCCCUCUGCUUGUGUCUAACCAUAACUGAGACAGAACUACUGAGAGAACAAACCUUACAGAUAGUGACAAGUUCUAGUUUGGGAGAAAGAAUUACCGUAACUAAUACAAACUAACCAAGACACUCUGCAGAUCAAUAUGGUCAACAGAAUAUCCAUGAAGCUUUUUCUGACAUUUGGUGAGUACAAUUCUGGAAUAUAGAUGGAGUCUCACUCAUAAUCAUGGCCAACAGGUAGCCCUCUGGCUGAUGCUUCUCAAACAAGAAAGAGCAGCAUAGCAGCAGUUUGUUGACAUUAAGAAAUGUUCCAAUUUGUGUCAGGUGAGGUUAGUACUAAUGCACCUUGUACUUACCUUAACACAUGUUACAGAGUGUUAAGCGAUGUCACUUUCUGACACUGAUCAGCUUUUCUAAGAGUAGAUCCCAAGUUAUUAUGACAAAGUUCAGGUAGAAACCAGUUGUUUUUUUUAUUGCGUUUUGUUCGUUGUAUGAUGCGAUUGACCCAAAUCCUAUACAGAUGGUUUGUACAUGUUUUAAUCUCUGUAACUGGUUUGUCGGCUAGUCAUGUCCUAUGAAAAGGGUGUGUUUGUGUGGGGAUUUAGACCUCUUUUUGAUAAACGCUGAUAUUUUUUGUUGUGUUGUUUUUAAUUUUUUAAGAAAACAAAGUUUAUGACUUGGUAAAAUUCUUUUUUGAUUGCUGGUAUAGCUGCUCAGUAGAAGUUUGUACCUUUUAUUAUCUCAUAUAACUUCUAUUAUUAUAACUGAAGAAUGGGUUUUGUUGUCAUGAAAAUGUAAAUGUUACCUCAUUGUUAACCAAAGAUUAUGAACUUUACAUAGUUUUUAUGAAUUUGUUAUGACAGAUGUAUUUGUAUUUCUAUCUGUUCUGUGGGUCCCAACUGUACCUAUGUUUCCCUUGGUAAAACCUCUAAUUACAUGGAGUGCGAGUCAUUCAGUGCUGAAUGCUGGGUAGGAGGUUGAAGGAGGCUGACAGACAUUGUACUGUUAGUGCAUAGCAGAAUUACAUAGAAACAUAGAAUGUGAUGGCAGAUAAGAACCAUUCGGCCCAUCUGGUCUGCCCAAUUUUCUAAAUACUUUCAUUAGUCCCUGACCUUAUCUUGUAGUUAGGAUAGCCUUAUGCCUAUCCCACGCAUGCUUAAACUCCUUUACUGUGUUAACCUCUACCACUUCAGCUGGAAGGCUAUUCCAUGCAUCCACUACCUCUCAGUAAAGUAAUACUUCCUGAUAUUAUUUUUAAACCUUUGUCCCUCUAAUUUAAGACUAUGUCCUCUUGUUGUGGUAGUUUUUCUUCUUUUAAAUAUAGUCUCCUCCUUUACUGUGUUGAUUCCCUUUAUAUAUUUAAAUGUUUCUAUCAUAUCCCCCCUGUCUCGUCUUUCCUCCAAGCUAUACAUGUUAAGAUCCUUUAACCUUUCCUGGUAAGUUUUAUCCCGCAAUCCAUGAACCAGUUUAGUAGCCCUUCUCUGAACCCUCUCUAAGGUAUCAAUAUCCUUCUGAAGAUACGGUCUCCAGUACUGUGUACAAUACUCCAAGUGAGGUCUCACCAGUGUUCUGUACAAUGGCAUGAGCACUUCCCUCUUUCUACUGCUGAUACCUCUCCCUAUACAACCAAGCAUUCUGCUAGCAUUUCCUGCUGCUCUAUUACAUUGUCUGCCUACCUUUAAGUCAUCAGAAAUAAUCACCCCUAAAUCCCUUUCCUCAGAUGUUGAGGUUAGGACUCUAUCAAAUAUUUUGUACUCUGCCCUUGGGUUUUUACGUCCAAGAUGCAUUAUCUUGCACUUAUCCACAUUGAAUGUCAGUUGCCACAAUUCUGACCAUUUUUCUAGUUUACCUAAAUCAUUUGUCAUUUGGCUUAUCCCUCCUGGAACAUCAACCCUGUUACAUAUCUUAGUAUCAUCAGCAAAAAGACAUACCUUACCAUCAAGACCUUCUGCAAUAUCACUAAUAAAAAUAUUAAAGAGAAUGGGUCCAAGUACAGAUCCCUGAGGUACCCCACUGGUGACAAGUCCAAGCUUCGAAUAUAUUCCAUUGACUUCAACCUUCUGUUGCCUGUCACUCAGCCACUGCCUUACCCAUUCAACAAUAUUGGAAUCCAAACUUAAAGAUUGCAGUUUAUUGAUAAGCCUUCUAUGUGCAACAGUGUCAAAAGCCUUACUGAAAUCUAGGUAAGCAAUGUCUACUGCACCACGCUGAUCUAUAAUUUUAGAUAAGAUUAGUUUGGCAUGAUCUCCCUGAAGUAUACCCAUGUUGUCUCUGAUCUUGAAAUGCAUGUGUUUUUAGAUGUUCAACAAUCCUAUCCUUUAACAUGGUUUCCAUCACUUUCCCCACUACUGAAGUAAGGCUUACUGGCCUAUAGUUGCCCAACUCCUCCCUAUUACCUUUCUUAUGAAUGGGUACAACAUUCGCUAACUUCCAAUCUUCUGGGACUACUCCUGUUAAUAAUGAUUGGUUAAAUAAAUCUUUUAAUGGUUUUGCUAGUACACCACUAAGCUCUUUUAAUAACUUUGGGUGUAUUCCAUCAGGUCCCAUUGACUUAUUUGUCUUUACUUUUGACAGUUGAAAUAGAACCUCUUCCUCUGUAAACUCACAUGUAACAAAUGACUCAUUUGUCCUUUUUCCAAACUGGGGCCCCUUUCCUUCAUUUUCAUCUGUAAAUACAGAACAAAAAUAUUAAUUGAGGCAGUCAGCUAGAGCUUUAUCCUCUUCUGCAUACCUUCCUUCUUUUGUUUUUAAUCUAACUAAUCCUUGUUUUACUUUUCUUUUCUCAUUUAUGUAUCUAAAAAAUGUUUUGUCCCCUUUUUUUUACUGACUGUGCUAUUUUCUCUUCUGUGUGUGAUUUGGAAGCUGUUAUAACUUGCUUAGCCUCUUUCUGCCAAUCUUCCUCACUCUGUUUUUUUUAAUAAUUACUAAAUGCUAACGUUUAGUUUUUUGCUAUUUUGGCCACAUCUGUGGCGUACCACAAUGGUUUCUUGAAUUUUUUGCUUUUACUGACAAGCCUAAUGCAAUUUUCUGUUGCCUUCAGCAGUGCAACUUUUAAAUAAUCCCAUUUCUCUUGAACUCCAUUUAAAUUGCUCCAGUCUGAUAAUGACUCUUUUACACAUAUUCUAAUUUUAGAAAAGUCUGUUUUUCUAAAGUCUAAAUCUUUUGUUUUUGUGUGGUGUGACUCAGUCACUGUUCUUAUAUUAAACCACACUGACUGAUGAUCACUGGAUCCUAAACUUUCACCUACAGUAACAUCUGAUACCAAAUCUCCAUUUGUUAACACUAAAUCUAGUAUGGCCUCUUUACGAGUUGGCUCCUCAAUGACUUGUUUUAGAGACAAUCCUAGUAGGGAGUUUAGAAUAUGUGUGCUCCUGGCACAAGCAGCAAUUUUUGUUUUCCAAUUCACAUCAGGAAGAUUAAAGUCACCCAUGAUGAUAACGUCCCCCUUCAUUGUCAUUUUAGCUAUUUCCUCAACUAGUAGAUUACCUAACUCUUCUAUUUGUCCUGGGGGCCUAUAAAUCACACCUACACGAGUUACUGUGUGAUUUCCAAAUUCUAACGUAACCCAAACAGACUCUAUGUUCGCCUCACUAACUUUUAUUAGGCUAGAUUUUAUGCUAUCCUUCACAUACAGGGCCACCCCUCCCCCUUUCUUACAUUCCCUGUCUUUUCUAUUUAAAGAGUACCCUGGUAUUGCUAUGUCCCAGUCAUUGUUCUCAUUAUACCAUGUCUCGGUAACAGUGAGAGUGCGAGUGAUUCAGUGCUGAAUGCUGGUAGGAGAUUAGAGGAGGCUCACAGACAUUGUUCAGUUUGUGCAUAGCAGAAUUACAUUUUGUUUUACCUUUAUUUCUGAAUAUCAUAUGUUGAUAAACAUGUAUAGAAUUAUUUAUUCAUUCAUGCAUUUUGUUGGUAAACCAGGAGCACAGACAUGAUAAACAUAAGUUUUUCUGCCAGUAAUUAAAGGAACUGUCUCCAAGCACAAUAACCACUACAGCAUGGUUAAAGUGUUUAAAUAAUUCCUUUAGCUGGAAUGUGUAUCACAAAGAAGAAUCUGAGCAGAUUUGGUUGAAAAAUAUAUGAAUUUCUAUUGAAAAUCAGGAUGAUAAACAGAAGAUUAAUUGAAACAGUCAUUGACUAUCCAGAAAUGCAAUUCUGAGACUUGUGUAAUAUGUGUUAUUCUGCAUUGCACUUUAAUGUCAUAUAUAUAUUUAUUUGUUCAACUCAAUUGUAUUCCAGAGCCCAGAGCACAAUAUGUAAGGAGUGACAGAUAAUAUGGCCUUAAAUUUGACAUAUGAGGCACUAUACAAAAGGGAUCAGGAAUCUUAAAGUCUAGUGUUUGCAGCAAUAAACUCAAUAUGUUUAUAGCUUGCUGGUUUUAGAAUAUUCACAUAUUGAGCCAUAGCAACUAGUUAUCUGAUCCUUAAAAGAGAAGGAGAUAACCAAAAUCCAGAAAAUGAUAACAGGUGAGAAUGAUAAAAGGAGAUAAUAAAGGUCCCGAAAAUGAUAACAGGUGAGAAUGAUAAAAGGAGAUAAUAAAGGUCCCGAAAAUGAUAACAGGUGAGAAUUUGAUGUCAGUCGUUGGAGAAGUAUUUGGCUCUGGAAAACCUUCUGAGCAGUUGUGGUAUCAGAGAGAUGAAGCAGCUUUCUCAAAGGACAGAUCACGCUCUGUGAAGGUAAUUGAGAAAAUGGAUAAAUUAUUGGACAGGGAGGCUCACUGAAAGCAAAGGAAAGUGAUAUCUGGCACGCUGAACAUUGAUCAAAUAAAAUGGAGAUUGCUUGAGGAGAAAUUUGGAAAAAACAAACAAACAAAAAUAAAAAUACUGAAAACAAUGUGAGUUACAUUUGACUCUUAAGAAAUCAAUGACAUUCUUGUCCCUGUAGCCCUUAUGACUCUGUGGGAUGACAUUCCUCUUAUUCAGGAUCUGUAAAAGCUCAUUAAAUAAGCAUGGCAUUCAAGUUUGCUGUAGGAUACAAUAAAGACUAAAUUCUUGAGACAGCUUAGACCAUCACUGGUCCAUCAGGUUCUAAGUCUGGACUGAUCUCAAUGUCCUGGCAAAGUCAUCUCAGCCUUCAUCCUUACAAGGUCAACCCAUCGGCUGCCAUUAAGCUGGACCUCAGGACAAAUUAAGAAGGACAUUACAAAUAUAAUAUACCGUUAAAGCUGAUCUAUACAAGUAUUAAUAUACAAAUCUGAACACACAUGUGAUUAAAUCCAAUAAGAUACGUAUCUAACAGAUUAUUUUAAUCUUUUUGUUCCAGGUUUCUGUCUGAUAACAGUAUCUGGCCAAGAAACUGCAAGAGCACAGCCAGGUAAUAAAGCCAUCCCGGGACGUCUGUGGAGCGUCCUCUAUAUUUAAUUGUAUUGUUUGUUUUCACAACAAAUAACAGAAAUGCAAUAAAUAAAUGUAUCACACAGUUACUUACCUUAGCUUGUGGCCAUUUCUGAGAUUUUGUAACAAGGUAUCCACUAAACUAUAAACUGGUGGCACGUGACCACUUAAAUAGCUGACUUGGGAGUUAUUCCAGUAUGGUGGUUUUGGUGUGAGACACUGCCAGCAAAUAGCGGACAGUUGACCGUUAAGCUCUUUUUAAGAUAAAAUCUUCAAUCGAUUUAUUUUACCCUCAACUUUGCAAUUAUUUCCAACCACAUUAUAACAAAUACAAUAAAAUAUAUUAUUUGGCAAUAAUUCUAUUUUCUUUAUUAUUUUAUUCCAAUGCAGAUGCCUUUUGUGAGCCCAAUAAGAUGUUUUACCCAUGCAAGCCGUGCCCCAAGAGCUGUGAUAAAGUGGAAAUCCCCUGCUUGAAGCUAUGCCAGCCUGAAUGUUAUUGCAAACCUGGCUACGUCCUGACAUCAUCAACUUCCAACACGUGUGUCCCUGAGACGCAGUGCACCUCCUGCGGCCUUAACGGGAAGUUCGAUGAUUGCAAUGCCCACUGCCAAGCCACCUGUGAAAAUUACUUGCAAGCAAACCGGGCCUGUCCCAUGAUGUGUGUCCCGGGCUGUGUGUGUGAACAGGGGUACGUCAAAUACAAUAAUGAGUGCAUCCGCCCCGAAUCAUGCCCAAAGAGGGGCCGCUUCUUUAAUCCAUUACUGAUUCAACUACUGGCUGGAAGAUACAACGUCACACAGUGAAACAUACUAACUUUAUGUAUUUUAUUAAGAAUAUUAUAUUAAAUGUGCCUGUUUUAUAAUUUUUUGCUUUCAAUAAAUUAUAUUUAAACAUU